CGCCGCCUGCGUCGUUGUAACACACGAGGAUUCAGUGGUUAGUGCUGAGUAUCGGUGGAGUUUGCGUUUUCGUCUCAUUUGUACGAGACUUGGCGCUUUGUAGACGAGACAGUAGGCUGCUGCUGCUCACUGCACUAAAAUAACUUUUUUACAUUUAUUAAACUAAGGUCAUAUUUUUAUACCAGAAGUAAAAUUAUCCUAAUAGAAAAGACAUGGACCCCCGAGAUUCGGCCCCGGAUUCCUGGGAACAGGCGGAUGACACCCCAGAGGCCCAGCUCGGACCUGCUUUUACCUUGCUCAACGUGAACGCUAGACCGUUUGUUCCCAAUGUCCAUGCUGCAGAGUUCAUUCCUGGUUCAUCGGCGAAGAGUAUGAGUCAUACAGAGUCGGAGAGCGAUGAUAUACCUGUGGAAACUCCUGCUAAAGAAGAUCGAGGUCCACUCAAAGGUGAUGCCGAUACAGAGAUGGAAGUUUCUCAGCCCUCUGCUCCCCUAGAAAAUGGUGAAACUGAAAUGGCAGCUGAAGAAUCGUGGGAGCAGAAAGAAGAGCCAGGGGAAGCAGAACCGGGAGGCGGACCCGGAGGAGAUGGCGAGCCUUCUGUUGAUUUUGGACACAUGGAUGAAGAUGAAGAUAUACCAAAGCCUAGUGUUGCAGUAAAACCGGCAGGUGCUCCUAAGAAAGAACACGUAAACGUGGUGUUCAUUGGUCAUGUUGAUGCUGGAAAGUCUACAAUCGGAGGACAGAUAAUGUACUUAACAGGUAUGGUUGACAAAAGAACUCUGGAAAAGUAUGAGCGAGAAGCAAAAGAGAAGAAUCGAGAAACUUGGUAUCUAUCGUGGGCCCUGGACACAAACCAAGAAGAAAGAGACAAAGGUAAAACAGUUGAAGUGGGUCGAGCAUAUUUUGAGACGGAGAGAAAACAUUUCACCAUUCUAGAUGCCCCAGGGCACAAAAGCUUUGUUCCAAACAUGAUUGGAGGAGCUUCACAAGCAGAUUUGGCUGUAUUGGUAAUAUCUGCAAGGAAAGGGGAAUUUGAAACAGGAUUCGAAAAAGGGGGUCAGACAAGAGAACAUGCCAUGUUGGCAAAAACAGCAGGUGUUAAACAUCUGAUUGUUCUUAUCAAUAAAAUGGACGACCCCACAGUAAACUGGAGUUUUGAAAGGUAUGAAGAGUGUAAGGAAAAACUAGUGCCAUUUCUGAAGAAAGUGGGCUUUAAUCCGAAGAAGGAUGUUUAUUUUAUGCCAUGUUCUGGCCUCUCAGGUUCAAACCUUAAAGAACCAACAGAUAGCUGUCCUUGGUAUAAAGGAUUGCCUUUUAUUUCUUAUCUGGAUAAUUUGCCAAACUUCAACAGAGCUGCUGAUGGACCCAUCAGACUACCUAUAGUAGAUAAAUACAAGGAUAUGGGCACUGUGGUCUUAGGCAAACUAGAAUCUGGAUCAAUUUGCAAAGGACAGCAACUUGUGAUGAUGCCAAAUAAGCACACUGUUGAAGUUCUUGGGAUCCUCUCUGAUGAUGUAGAAACAGAAGAAGUGUUACCAGGUGAAAAUCUGAAAAUAAGACUGAAAGGAAUAGAAGAGGAAGAAAUUCUGCCUGGAUUUAUUUUGUGUGACCUAGUUAACCUUUGUCACUCAGGGCGCACAUUUGAUGCUCAGAUAGUUAUAAUUGAGCAUAAGUCAAUAAUCUGUCCUGGUUACAAUGCAGUGCUGCACAUCCAUACGUGUAUUGAAGAAGUCCAGAUAACAGCCUUAAUCUGCUUGGUAGACAAAAAGUCAGGAGAAAAAAGCAAAACGAGACCCCGUUUUGUGAAACAAGAUCAAGUAUGCAUUGCACGUUUAAGAACAGCAGGAACCAUCUGCCUUGAAACAUUCAAAGACUUUCCUCAGAUGGGUCGCUUCACGUUAAGAGAUGAAGGUAAAACCAUUGCGAUUGGAAAGGUGCUGAAAUUAGUUCCAGAAAAAGACUAAACUUUCACAAUAAGCCUGCACAAUACUGUGAAGAAAUGGACUCUGCAGCAGCCUACUUCACGUCGCCUUCUCUGAUUCUUAAUCAGUUCUGCCCAGACAGAAGUCCUCCCUGUAGUCCACAGAAGGUCCACAUUGUAAGCUUUCUCAUAUUGAGAGCUCUGCUGUGCCAGUAUCGGUGCUCCCCAGUUGAAAUUUGGCACCCCUUUCCCAUUUACAAACGCAUACAUGAAAUCAAACUCUGCUUCCUUGGAAAGAUGCGGCAUUAGCUCUUUAACUGAUGUGGACAUCCUUGCCUACAGUGAAGUAAACAACUAAAAACGAACAUUUCCCCAACAUUGUGAUCUUCAUUCCUCAAUUGUCACAUAACCAGUCUUGCAAACUGAUCAUUGAGUGUGUGAGUAUGUUUGGAUGGGCACGUUCCAAAGAUAGCAGAAAUGUUAAUAAAAUAUUUAGUUCAAAACUC